AUGGGCAAAUGGGUGGAUGGGGAUGGAUGGGCCCUCACUCCUCGUUUUCUAGUGCCUGCACCCCCUAGCAAGCCUAAGCCUGCAAGCCCCAGGCAAUGCACCUCACGACCUACGCACGGAGCACAAGUGACGGCGGAGGGCGUGGAGCAGCAGAGCAAACAGCGAGUCGCGUUGUCGUUGACGAGUGAGCACUUGUCGAGACGAAUCGAAUCCUGGUGGAAGACUGUAGACCCUAGCAAGGGUGGAGUUCGGUUCAAAGUGGAUCACGUCUCUGACUUCCAAAGAAUACACAUUGCUCUGGCAAAUGACGGUUGGAAUUCCAAGGGGCCCAGUCAAAAGGGACAGAAAGUGGCGCCCUGCUUAGGCUGGCUUGGAGGACGGGACAAGGACAAGGACGGGAUGCGUGAGAAACCCAGCAGAACCAUGAGUGGGAACUUCAUUCAACAAACUGACCAAGCAGAGCGCUUACUGCUAUGUAGCCAGAGGUCGUCACCACCACAUUCACCGCGGUCGUGGGUCAACCUGCUUUACCUGGAGUACUGCACGGUACUGGGUAUGAAUCCCUGGUGCGUGUACCUCGCCUCAUGCCUCACAGCAUCUUACCCGGCAGCAAGUGAUACUUUCAAUAUCAGUCAUCCGGAAAUUGUAAAUAAAAUCUAAGGAGUCAUAUGCGUCAGCAUUCACGCAUCUGCAAAUGUAAAACACGCGUACGCAACGUAUCGCGGCAAAAACAAUGCUAUCCAUGUUCUUCCAUCAGACAGGAAGAUCAUGUACAUAGUGUUGAUGAUUAACCAGGAAA